AUGGGAGCGCCUCAGUCCACAUGGCUGUUUGUCUUAUUGCUCCUCACACAGGGGCUCCCUCCAAGAGUUGCUGCCGAAGGUCCAGAAUCCUCAGAUGGCCCCAGCUCCGGCCAAGAGCCCGUGUGGCUCACAGAUGUCCCGACUGCUGUGGAAUUCAUUGCUGCUGCUGAAGUGGCUGUCAUAGGCUUCUUCCAGGAUUUGGAAAUACCAGCAGUCUCUGUAUUUCAUAGUAUGGUGAAGCAAUUCCAAGACGUAGCCUUUGGAGUUAGCACAAAUUCUGAGGUUCUGACCCAUUACAACAUCACUGGAAACACCAUUUCCCUCUUUCGUCUGGUGGAUAAUGAACAACUGCAUUUAGACAGCGAAGGCAUUGAAAAUAUCGAUGACACCAAAUUAAGCCGUUUUAUUGAGAUCAACAGCCUCCACUUGGUGACGGAGUACAACCCUGUGACGGUGAUCGGCCUAUUCAACAGCUUGAUUCCAAUUCAUCUUCUCCUGAUGAUUAACAAGGCUUCCCCAGGGUAUGAAGAAAACAUGCAAAGAUACCAGAAGGCAGCUAAGCAAUUCCGAGGGAAGAUUCUUUUUAUCCUGGUCAACAGUGGUGUGAAGGAAAACGGGAAGGUGAUAUCAUUUUUCAAACUUAAGGAGUCUCAACUGCCAGCCUUGGCGAUUUACCAGACUCUGGAUGAUGAGUGGGAGACGUUACCCAUUGCAGAGGUUUCAGAAGAGCAAGUGCAAAACUUAUGUGAUGGAUUCCUACAAGGGAAGCGACUGAGAGAUAAUCAUGAAUCAGAAGAAAGAGCUCAAAAGGUAGAACUCUGACUUCUCCAUGAGACUGCUUCAAACUACCAAACAUCUGCUUUAUGCGGAAUAAAAACAGGCAACCCAAGCCCCAGAGACACUGGACAAAAUCACCAAGCCUUCCAACCACAGGCACGUGCAGACACAGAGGCACACGUGUGCAUGUGUACACACUGCUCCAUUUUAGUCCUUCAGAUCUCAUUUAUUUUCUUCCCUCCUCCUUAAAAAAAACAACUCUUUAUCUCAUAGUAUUCAUCUAAUUUUCUUCUAUGUACUCAUAUUGUGUAGUUUCAUCUGCAAUAUAACUGAAUAGGGCUCUGAAAUAAAUACUGUGAUACCUCUACAAAGGAGACACCUUUCUA